CAAGAGAGGCCCUUCUUGGAAAACAAAAACAAAAACCAAAAUCAAAAUGGCUUCCAAAGCUACAGCCUCUCUUGCCUUCCUCCUCUCUCUCAAUCUCCUUUUCUUCACCUUUGUCACAGCUUGUGACAAUUGCUAUGUCCCUGCCCCACCCAAGCCCAAGCCAUGCCCUCCUACAAAACCAACCCCUUCACCUGCCUAUGGAAAGUGUCCUAAGGAUACUCUUAAAAUCGGCGUUUGCGCUAAGCUCCUCGGUGGCCUCGUCGACCUUACUAUCGGCAAGCCCCCGGUGACCCCAUGCUGCACCUUGGUUGAAGGCCUUGCUGAUCUUGAAGCUGCUGUCUGCCUUUGCACUGCCAUCAAGGCUAGCGUUUUGGGCAACAAGCUUAACAUCCCUCUCCACCUCAGUUUGCUUCUUAAUGUUUGCAAGAAGAAUCUUCCCAAUGGAUUCCAGUGCUGA